CUUGUCUCGAACAAGGUCGUGCUCACCCAUCUGCAUCGGAACCAUGUGUGACCAGCAGUACAUUCAGUAUUGCCCGCCGCCCCCGUGCUGUGUGAAGGGUUCUUCCUUCUACCCCUCUCCAUCUGCCUGUGCAGGGAGCCCGGUGGUGGUCCAAGCCCCUGGUGAGAUGCAAAUUGUGGAGUGCCCUGCACCGUGCCCAGUUCAAUUCUCCCAGGUGACGUGCCAGGCUCCCUGCCAGUCUCAGACCAUGGCAGUGAAAUGCCAGGCCUCAUCCAAGUCUAAAACCACCAAGGUGAAGUGCCAGGCUCCGUGCCAAUCCCAGACCAUGCCGGUGAUGAGCCAGCCUCUGUGCCAGGCUCCAUGCCAGGUUCUGUGCCAGGCUCCGUGCCAGUCGGAGGUUUGCUACGUGCAGUGUGCAGCCCCCGGCCCUGUUCAGACGUGUUAUGUAGACUGUGCUCCCAUGUGUUAUACAGAAACUUACUAUGUGGAACACCCAGCCCAGACCUACGUACCCUGUCCAGCCCCUCAACCCCGCCAGACUUAUGUAGUACGUUCCCCAGCUUGCCAGACUCAGCAAGGAUUCUCCACUCAGUGCCAAUAUCAGGGCUCCUUCAGCGGCGGUGCCCCCCAGCGUCAGUCCCGGGCUCCCUUUAGGACUCAGGCACCCCCGUGCCAGUCCCAGGGCUCUUACGGGAGCUUCUCCACGCAGCAGCGCCACUCUCAGAGCACCAGCAGAUGUCCCCCUCCUCGCCAGCUGCAGCCUGCCUACCACAGCUGUUCCCCACCGCGGCGCCCUGAGCCCCGCUACAGCAGCUGCCAGCCGCCCAGAAGCUCUUCUGGCUGCUCGCACUAUUGCACCCCGCCCCGCCGCUCCGAACCCAUCUAUCACAGCGGCUGUUCUAGGGCCCCCGGUUCAAGCUGCUCUCAGAGAAGUGGACCUAAGUGUCGAAUCGAGAUUUCCUCGCCCUGCUGCCCCAAGCAGGUCCCUCCGCAGAGGUGUCCGGUUCAGAUUCCUCCCAUCAGACGCCGCUUCGAGAGCUGUGCUCCACGAUCCCCCUGUGGUGCCUCCUGCCCGGACCUGAGGCCAUGUGGAGACCCAUGUCCACCCCGGCGAUUUGGUCAGUGUCCAGAGCCGUCACUGCCACGAUAUCCACUUCCUGCCCCACGUCCGUGUCCACGCCCAGAACGAUGCCCGAGCCCAGAGCCCCGCCGGUGUCCUCCACCGCGGCAACUUUCGGAACCGAGUCCAGCCCCGCGUCCUUGCCCAGCGCAGCGUGAGUCGAAGGAGCCACGUCCACAACCGCAGCCCCGUGAGCGCCCAGAGCCGCGUCAGAAUCCAGAGCCAAUUCCCCUCCCAGCCCCCUGCCUAAGCCCGGAGCCCCCUGUGCAGCCUCGGCGCUGUCCCAGCCCGUGCUCAGGCCCAAACCCGAUUCCAAGCUCAGGAGACCUAGGCUGUCAGGAGUCGCGUCCAUACCACCUGGACACGGAGGCCCCCAGCUGUGGCCCAGCCGGUUAUGACCAGUGCGGCGGGAACGGUGCUAGCUUCGCACCUUGUGAUGUGUUUCCAGAGCCACAGGGUCUGGGAGGUUAUGGAGCUAAAGGAGGCACCAGUGUUGGAGGGAAAGGUGGAGCCUAUGCUGGGAGAAAGAGUGCCUAUUUUUAAAAGAAGCCUGUCUGAAGCCUCCUGCCCUGAAAAUGUCAUGCCUGCAUCCUGCCCUGAAAAUGCCCUUGCUUUCCCGGCAGCCACCAUUUCUGGGUUCUUGUUUGCAUCUCUCCAAGGAU